AAGAGAAUGUCGCGCUUCCUGAGAUCAACUGUGUUGCUUGUUUGUGCAGUCCUGGAAGUUGGUCAGGCUGGUUUUUACGCUGACAAUGGACUCGACCAGACGAUCUCCUACCGUAGUUUGCCGAAGUCGGAAAAACGGGAGAUGGAAAAUGAAAUCCUGAACUUGCUCGGCUUAGACCACCGGCCGAAACCCAAGGUGCAUCAGACGACAAAUUCGGCACCCCAAUACCUCAUCGAUCUUUACAACCAGCUCGACGUCGAGGGUGACGAUCGUAACACUUCGUUGCGUGGCGUGGACUUCGUGGUCAGUUUCGUCAACCACCACGACAACAAAGAGGACGAGCUGAGCAUCGAGCCCAAACUGCGAUUCGACGUGAGCGACAUCUCACCCCACGAGACCGUGAUGCGAGCUGAGUUGAAUCUCUACCGAAAAGACACCCGCAAGACAGCGUCAUCGAUCGAGGACCAGCCGGGUGACGAAAUCGUCGACGAAACCUCUCCGGCGGAAGCCUCCUCAGAGAGUUCAGAGCCUACAUCCGCUAACGUGACCGCUACCACAGCCGAAGUUUUGCACGAGAACGUCACCGAUUCCGAGGUGACAGCGAAGAAGAAUCGCGCGAAGCGGCAGGCCAAUUUCGAUUAUCUCGACGAUUAUCCCUUCUACGAUCAGCCUUUCCAACUGCAAGUUCUGUCGAUGCGGAGUGGUGGGAUCGACUCGAAAGACAUCGUCCUCGAAUCUGUCGCCAACUACACGGUUAAGGCCAAUGAGACUGGAUGGAUAAGACUCAACGCAACCGAUCCGCUUUUGAAUUGGGUGGCAUUUCCCGGCGAGAAUUUCGGUCUGGUGGUCCGUCUUGUGGAUACAGAGUCCGGUCUACAGCUAUCCCCAUCGCAGGUUGGGCUUGUUAUGGCUGGAGCCGGAGAACUGGCUCCAUUCAUGGCGGCCUUCGUCAAAGAAGGAGCUGGCGCCAAAUCGAGAUCGACCCGAGCUUCGGAGAAAACUCGCAGGGAGAAGCCGCCUAUGAGAUCGCUCAAUGAUGAUGUGCCUUACUUCGAGAUCAGACAUCAUUUCUCUCGGAGGAACGCGUGCCAGAAACGUACUCUCUAUGUCUCGUUCAGAGAUCUUGGAUGGCAGGAUUGGAUCAUCGCACCCGACGGCUACUCAGCAUUCUAUUGCGACGGCGAAUGUUCUUUCCCGUUGAACAUGAACGCGACCAAUCACGCAAUCGUGCAGACUCUCGUGCACCUGGUCAGCCCCGGGCACGCACCAAAAGCGUGUUGUGCUCCGACGAAACUCACGCCAAUCAUGGUGCUCUACUUCGACGACAAUUCGAACGUCAUCCUGAAGAAAUACAAAAAUAUGGUCGUGAAGUCGUGCGGCUGCCACUAGUUCGAUGCUUCGUACAUGUUCAAAGCUGAAGUUAUGCGUUAUGAUGUAAAUCCUAAGUAGACCGGAAAUGUCGGAACGCUACGACGAGCGCUGCUUUUGUAAAUCUCCUUCGGUUCCUCAGCAAUAAGAGACAAGUUGUUUCGAGGAAUUUUCUAGGGCGUUGAAAAUACGCGUUUAGAGCUCGCGACAUCUGAUACUGUAAAUAUCAAUUUUUCCCCGAUAUAGAUUGUACUAUGUUGAUAACACAGUGAGGGCGAUCCAAAUAAAUAAGCG